CUCACUCCCGUCGACCGCAGGCUCCAGCCUCAGAAAGAGAAAAGCCCGGAGAGAAAGAAAGGAAGGCGAAAGGACGCGAGCUUUUUUAUUUUUUAACAUUUUUAUUUAUUCGUUUCUCGUCGCAAGAUGUAACUUGUUGACAUCACGUCGCGCACAUACAUGCAUUUGAAAAGAGCCGGGAGCGAGUGCGCAGCGACGAGGGGAAGAAGAAGAAGAAGAAGCCGCCGACCGAGCCGCUGCUGCCCCGGCGCAUGGAACUUAUUGUUGUGCGUCCUGCGUUUGACUAUGUUACCCGCGAGUGAGUUCGGGUCCCUGCUCGCCGUCGUCGACCCUUGAAUCGGUAUCUUGUUUUUUUUUGUGGGGGAAUAUAGUCGAAGGAGAGAAAGACGCCGAGGGAAGGAUCGCGCGAAGCCAGCGAUCUUUUUUUCCUUCCUACAGAGCCGGGGAUUUAAAUCGUCGCUUGUGGCUGCUGGUGCUCCGGGAGAGAGAGAAGGAAAAGACAUUCAUGUGGCCAUUCUCUGUUUAUUUGAAACUCCUGGGGAUUGCAUGAUGAGCAAGGAAAGACCCAAGAGGAAUAUCAUUCAAAAGAAAUACGAUGACAGUGACGGGAUCCCAUGGUCGGAGGAGCGGAUGAUGCGAAAGGUGCUUUACCUUUCCCUAAAGGAGUUUAGGAGUGCACAGAAAAGGCAGCUGGAUGGCGAUGGAACCACAAACUCCAACGGUUCCCUCGCCAAUGGGCAGCUGAACGGAUCGGGAUCAAAGGGCAGCCACAAAGAAGAUGGGUCCUUGCGCUCUCAGGGCCAGGACGGGAGGCGAGAGUACGGCGAGGGCGGUCCUCCGAAGAAGAGACCUCGGCUCCAGGCCCAGCGGAAGUUCGCCCAGUCGCAGCCCAACUCCCCGAGCACGACGCCCGUCAAGGUGGCCGAGCCGGUCAGCCUGAGCGCCGUCCUGCCCGCGGUGCCCUCCUCCUCCUCCUCCUCCUCGUCCCUCCCGCUGCUCACGUCCUCGUCCCUGCCCUCCAUUCACGACCUGUCCCGGCGCAAGCCCAAGACAGAGGACUUCCUCACCUUCCUCUGCCUCAGAGGUUCAGCGGCCCUGCCCAACAACAUGGCCUACUUCGGAAGCUCCCAGGAGGAGAACGACCUGGAGGAAGAGGAGGAGGAAUUGGAGGAGGAGGUGAGGAAUGGCAGUGGUAUCCACUCUCACAGCGGCGGCGGAAGCAGCAGCCUAGCCUCGGCCUCCUCGUCCUGCCACUCAACACCACGCAAGGGCAAGUUCCCCACUAGGCAGCCGCUCAAUGGGCAUGUGUUCAACGGCCACAGUAAAGCAGGGACCAGGGAGAGUCCGAGGCCCAAGGCGGGAACCUACGGCAGGGACGUGCCUACCCCGCCGCUUCCCCCCCCUCCACCCCCGCCUCCGCCCCUACUGAGGGAGCGCAGCGAGCGGGCGGAGGCACGGGAGCACACCAGGGAGCUGCAGGCCAAGGCCAGCAGUCGAGGCUUGGCCAACGGGCUGCCAUCGAGGAGAGCUGCUGAGGAGCUGCGCAAGCAGGUCUCUAAAGUGAACGGGCUGACGCGGGCGGGCUCCGCACAAGGUGUCGGCGGUGCCAGAAAGAGCCGCGACUUCCGGCUGCCGUCCAAAACUGUGAAGAAGUACACAGCCACCGUGUCCAAGGGCCACGUCACUUACACCAAAGCCAAACAGAAAGAACUGGGCAAGAAAACCAAACUCAGCAGCAGCAACAAACACAACAGCGCCGCCUCGGCACCGUCGUCAGCGAACAAUCACAAUCAGCACAGCCAGUCAGCAGCCAGCAACGGGCUGGCCAACUCAGGAAAAGCAGCGGCGCCAGCCCACCACAGCAAUGCAAAAACCCGCAAACAGGUGCUACUAUCCAAUGGGCUGCACAGCGCGGCAGCCGGCAUCCGCCUCAACGGGAGGCUUAAUGGUCUGCGGCACAACAAGGAGGACGAGCAGAGGCAGUUCCAGCAGAGCAACGGGGAGUGCACAGGACGAGACGGACUGCGUAACUCCAAGCGGCGUCUGGAGGUGGUGCUCAACUCAGUGGGGACAAGUGUUGUAGAGCAGAAAGCCAAAACCACUGGCACUGAGGCCAAGAAGGCCAAACUCCAGCCGGCUCCUCUGGAGACGCGCAGCAGCAGCAAGAAGGUGGCACAUCACGAGAAGGCCGCCGCGCAAGCUACCGCCCUUACCACUCCACUUUCUAAUGGACAUGAAUCCGAAAUGCCCCCUUCUCCCAAACAAGUUACCCCACCUCCGACUCCCCCCCCUCCUUCUACACCAGCAGCCCAUACAGAGCCGGUGAACCAGCGACCCAAGCGGGCAUCGGCCGGCAAGCUGAUGUUGAUACGACAAGCACAGCAGCAGAGCAGGUCUUACGGUCGCAGCUUCUCCUCAUCGUCCCCCACAGCCGGCCAGAAUCAACCACAGAACCCCAGUCGUGCCAGCACUACCUCAGACCCCCAGCAAACCUCUGUGUCCGCCUCCUCCACCACCGCCUCUCUGCUUACAACCACCAACAGCCCCGGACAGCUCAAGCCAGCAGCGGUGCGUCCCGCUGAGCGCGACAAGGACUGGGAAUGCGAGAAAGAGAUGUCGCGCCAGAAAGAACACGAGCAGGAGAAAGAGUGGGAGCGCCAGAGGAGCAGGCCCGAGGGCUGGGCGGCGCUCGGCGAAGUCCCCAUCUUCCGGCCAGCGCCACGGGAGUUCCAGGACCCCCUGGUGUACUUGGACGCGGUGAGGGAACAGGCCGAGGGAACUGGCAUGUGCCGCGUGGUGCCGCCCGCAGACUGGCGGCCCGAGUGCAAGCUGAGCGAGGAGAUGCGUUUUGUUACACAGGUGCAGAGGGUCCAUAUGCUGGGCCGGCGCUGGGGCCCCAACGUGCAGCGUCUGGCCUGCAUCCGCAAGCACCUCAAAUCUCAGGGCAUUACCAUGGACGAGCCACCGGUCAUUGGUGGCUGUGAAGUGGACCUGUCACGUUUUUUCCAGCUCAUCAACGACAUGGGCGGCAUGCAGCAGGUGAUGGACCUGAAGAAGUGGACCAAGCUGGCCGACCUCCUGCGCAUCCCUAAGUCAGCGCAGGACCGGCUGGCCAAGCUGCAGGAGGCGUACCUCCAGUACAUCCUCUCCUAUGACUCGCUCAGCCCCGACGAGCGCCUCCAGCUGCAGCUCGAGGUGCUGCAGGAGAAGAAGAAGCUGGAGGGGCGCCGGGGGCCUCUGGAGGGUCAUUUGGACUCCACAGCACCUAGUGCCCUGGUCCUGCCGCGCUACGAGCCCAAGAACGGGCUAGCGGGUGGGAUUGUGGGAGGCCCCACGGGGAACCAGCGCACCAAUGGAGUGUAUCACCAUCUGAAGGAGCUGGAGGCUCAGGUCAAAGCGGGCCGGCGCCGGCUCUUCGCUCAGGAAAAACAAGGCAAAGAGGACAAGCAGCAUGGAGAGGAGCAGCCGCGGGAGGAGGAGGACAGGGGCGUCCUCAGUGACCAGCACAAAUGUAUUUACAAGGGGAAAUCGGUGUCUUUGACGAACUUCUUCAGGAUAGCCCGGAACACCAUGACCAUGUGCUUUAACAAGGAGCCGGGCGCUGCGGAGGUCGAGCAAGAGUACUGGAGCAUUGUGGAGCAUAGAGACAGCCACGUGGCAGUGCAUUGUGGGAAGGUGGACACCAGUACACACGGCAGUGGUUUCCCCACAGGAAAGUCAGAGCCAUUUUCAAAACAUGGAUGGAACCUCACUGUCCUCCCCAAUAACUCUGGAUCCAUUCUGAGGCAUCUGGGAGCUGUGCCUGGGGUGACGAUUCCCUGGCUAAACAUUGGCAUGGUAUUUUCUACCUCAUGCUGGUCUCGAGACCAAAAUCGCCUUCCAUUUAUCGAUUAUUUACACACUGGUGCUGAUUGCAUUUGGUAUUCUGUCCCUGCUGAGGAGAAGGCUAAGCUGGACAAGGUGGUCCAUACACUGCUUCAGGCCAAUGGUACCCCAGGACUAGAGAUGUUGGAAAAGAACAUCAUGAUCUCUCCAGAGGUGCUGUGCCGUGAAGGAAUCAAGGUUCACCGCACGGUCCAGCGGAGCGGCCAGUUUGUGGUCUGCUUCCCCGGGGCCUUCGUCUCUAAGGUGUGCUGUGGCUACAGCGUGUCGGAGACCGUGCACUUUGCCACGCCACACUGGAUGAACCUGGGUUACCAGGCUGCAAAGGACCUGAAAUGUCGUCGCAUAGCUAAACCCUUCUCCAUGGAGAAGCUACUGUACCAGAUCGCCACGGCCGAGUCCAAGAGGGACAACGGCCUCCUCCUCUCCACCAUCUCCUCCCUACUCAAAGAUCUCAGGAACAUAGAGAUGCACCAACGGCAGGAACUUUACAAGGCGGGUCUGGUCUCCUCUGCUCGCUACGGCACGCACGACGGCAGCCUGGGGCCGGUCGAGGGCCGGAAGAAGCCCCGCGGGAAGUGGCUGGCACUGGAGUCUUCAGAGAGACGCUGCCAGAUCUGUCAGCAUCUCUGCUACUUGUCCAUGGUGGUUCAGGAGACGGAAAACGUGGUGUUCUGUCUGGAGUGUGCGCUGCGCUAUGUGGAGAAGCACAAGUCCUGCAGAGGCCUGAAGAUGAUGUACCGAUACGACGAGGAGCAAAUCAACAGUUUGGUGAACCAGGUGUGCGGCCGAGCCCUGUUAAAAAAUGGCAGAGGCGUCGGUGCGGCAGUCGUGGUCAGCGGAGGUGGAGGAGGAGGUGGAGGAGGAGGGGAACCCUGUCUCGGCUUGAGCCCCGCCAAACCAUCACCGGCCAAGCGGGGCCCCCGGAAGCGUGCCACUGUGGAGGUGUCCCUGUCACGUCUGUCCUCCAGCCACAUCCCCAAGGCUGCAGCCGUGUCCUGAGCCCCCCCCCCCCCCC